GAGAAGAUCCUCGAGGAAGAGAGUGCAGAACUCAGGAGAAGCCCUGGUGGAGAAGGAGCCGGUUCACUACAGAUCACAAAACAUGAUGUCCUGUUGGUUACUUUAAAUUCUAACCUGUCUGCUUUGGAGGACAAAUUGCUGAAGGAUCCUCACUGGAAGAAACUCAAAUUCCUAAGGGAUGAAAUUGCUAAUAAGGCAGAAUGGCCACAAAACUCUGUGGAUGUCACCUGGAGUUUUACCUCUCAAGCCUUAUUGUUGCUGUUGUGCUUGAAGGAAACCAUGAUCCACCUUGCAGCUGAUUUCAAUCCAGGCAAACCCAACCUGAGGACUCCAGAAGCUGCUCCUGCCCUGAGCCCGGAUACACUUAGUAUCUCCCAGCAGAAGACUGUCCAGUCAGCCUUGCAGUUUGUAGUCACCUUCGGUGUCUGCCCCUAUCUCAUGCCUGGAGUUGGAGUCCCUUUGAGAUGCAGAACUGAGUUUGGGGCCAUCGUUCAGGAUGUGGUGUGUCUCGAUGCUCCUCCUCAUGCAACCCAGAGACUGUACAGCAGCUGCAGGGUUCUUCUAAAUGUUGCACGUCACACAUCUCUGGGGAGCUUGAUUUUCUGCCGCCAUUUUGGGGAUAUUGCUGCAGGUCUGUGCCAGCUGGGAUUCUGUCCAACCAAGAGAAAACCACUAAAGCCUGAGGAAGAGGUUUUAACAGAAGAGGAAAGAACACUAUCUAGGGAGGCCUUGAGAGACAUCUUGGAUCAAGUGUAUCAACCAUUAGCAGUCCGAGAAUUACUUACCCUCCAGGGAGGACCACCCCAGUCCUGCACAGAUGAGAAGACACAAGUAAGGUGUCGGGCCCCAGCUUGGCUUCGGCGUCUAUGUGGGCAGCUGCUCUCUGAAAGGUUGAUGAGACCCAGUGGUGUUCAGGCAGUAGUCCGGGGCAUUCUGGAAGGAGCAGGUGCUGGGGCGGCUGGCGGGAGUGACGCCGAGGCAGCAGCUGCUGACUGGAAGAAGUGUGACCUGAUUGCCAAGAUUCUGGCCUCUUGUCCCCAGCAGGCUCUUUCACCAGAGGAUUACUACAGGGAUAUCUGCCCCCAGAUUCUAGAUUUAUUUCACUUUCAAGAUAAAUUGACAGCACGGCAGUUUCAAAGAGUUGCCACCAGUACCUUUAUAACAAUGUCAAGAGAACACCCACAAUUCGCUUUAAAGUAUUUGCUUCAGCCUCUUGUAGCUCCUCUCCAUCGAUGUUUAAAUACAGCAGAGAUUCCAGAGAGUGGCAUGGUGCCAGGGAUCAUUUUGGUGACAGAAGAAGAACUUACUAGGUGUAUUGAGGAUGUAUUUAAGGUAUACGUGGUCGGGAAUGAACCUGUGACAGUUUUAGUGGAUUCCCUGCUUCCCGUCCUGGGAGUGCUCUUUUCUCUCUACUGUUUUACCAAACAAAGUGUGUCUCACAUAAGGUCACUUUGCCAAGAGAUCUUAUUAUGGAUUCUGGGGAAGCUAGAGAGGAAGAAGGCAAUUGCCAGCCUGAAAGGAUUUGCAGGAUUGGACAAAUCUGUGUCCUCUCUUCAUUCUCUGUGUCAGUUUAGAGCUGCCACUCGAGGUGGCAUCAUGGUUACCAUCAAAGAGGCCAUUUGUGAUGAAGAUGAAGAUGAAGCCCUGUACCAGAAGGUGUCCUCAGAGCAGUGCCAGGUAGAGCAUCUUGGGGACUUGUUAGCCCACUGCCAAGAGUGCGGUUUGGCAGGUGACUUCUUCAUUUUCUGCUUGAAGGAGUUGACUCAUGUGGCCAUGGAAAAUGAAGCAGAGUUAAAAACAAAGCCCUUCUCCAGCAAAAGCCUCUUGGAAUUAGAGCAGCACCAAAGUCUUGUGGAAGGCCAGGAGCAGAAGCUGCUGGUCCUACAGCUGUUGGCUGUUCUCUGCGAGAGGAUGUCUGAGCAGAUAUUCACAAACAUCACUCAGAUUGUGGACUUCGUAGCAGCCACGCUGCAGCGAGCGUGUGCAAGCUUGGCGCACCAGGCAGAGAGUACUGUGGAGUCACAGACACUGAGUAUGUCCAUGGGGCUGGUGGCUGUCAUGCUGGGAGGAGCGGUUCAGUUGAAGUCAAGUGGUUUUGCUGUCCUGAAGCAAUUGCUGCCUUUGCUCGAGAAGGUCUCCGAGGUGUACCCUGACCCUGUCAUCCAGGAGCUUGCUGCCGAUCUCCGUAUCACCAUCUCUACCCAUGGGGCCUUUUCCACUGAGGCUGUCAGUGUGGCUGCCCAGAGUACCCUGAACAGAAAGGAUCCAGAAGGGGAGAUAGAAGAGCAGCAACAAACCAGUCAUGAAAGUUACACUGAUGAGUCUCACCUCCAACAACAGCAAAGCCAUGAGAAAUCCAAACAAACGGGCCUGCAGUCUGAUGCUCCACUCAUUCCUCAGGAGGUCAGUGAGCCCAGAACUACUACAAACCAGAAAUCUGGAAGUGUAACCACAGACCAGCUCCAGGAGAUUCUCUUAUCAGCUUAUGAUCCUCAAAUUCCAACCCGGGCUGCUGCUCUGCGAAGUCUUUCCUGCUGGAUAGAGCGGAGAGAAACAAAAGCCCUUGAGAUGCAGGAGAAGCUUCUCAAGAUAUUCUUGGAGAACUUGGAGCAUGAAGACACCUUUGUUUAUCUGUCUGCUAUUCAGGGGGUUGCCCUGCUCUCAGAUGCAUACCCUGAGAAAAUCUUGCUUGGCCUGUUGGCUCAGUAUGACAGUGAUAAAGACAAGCACACACCGGAGACCAGAAUGAAAGUCGGGGAAGUCCUGAUGCGAAUUGUCAGAGCAUUAGGGGACAUGGUCUCAAAAUACAGAGAACCUUUGAUCCACACCUUCCUGAGGGGUGCAAGAGAUCCAGAUAGUGCUCACAGGGCCAGCAGCUUAUCAAACCUUGGAGAACUGUGCCAGAGGCUGGACUUCCUGCUGGGCUCCGUGGUUCAUGAGGUAACAGCUUGCCUGAUUGCUGUGGCUAAAACAGACCGUGAAGUUCAAGUGCGCAGAGCUGCCAUUCACGUGAUUGUACUGCUGCUUCGGGGCCUCAGCCAGAAAGCUACUGAGGUGCUGAGGGAUGUCCUCAAGGAUCUCUACCACCUGCUGAAACAUGUGGUGCGCUUGGAGCCCGAUGACGUGGCCAAGCUCCAUGCCCAGCUGGCCCUUGAAGAGCUGGAUGAGAUAAUGAGAAAUUUCCUCUUCCCACCACAGAAGCUGGAGAAAAAGAUUGUGGUUCUGCCAUAGACCUCGCUCAAAGGACAUCAAGGAGGUAGAGGUCUAAGCAGCCAGAGCAAUGUCCAAACCUUCCAGCAGGUGGCCCCACUGCCUCUUUGGUGGGGUCAGUAUGGCUGACCCUGGAUGGCUUUAUGUGUCUGGCCAUUUGUGUCUUCAGGCUGACCUUCCUAAAGCAUCUAUUUAGCCGUCCUGCACCCUGCCUGAAGCAUGUGUCCUUAGAAGACAAAAGAUUACAAAUCUCAUUUAUCUACACAUUUUUCACUGUCCUAUAGCAUUUAGAGAAGGAAGUCUACUUGAUGGAAGUAUAUUUUUAACACGACUGGUAAAAUUUGACUAAUGGACCAUUCUUGUCACUUGAACUGAAGAGGUUGAUCACCCUCCUGAGUGGCACAUGUGUCACAUAUCUUGAUAUUCUUCCAUGGUGAGACUGUUCUUCCUUGUGAUAACGAGGAACAGCCAGAGCUAGUCAUCCUCGGCUGCUCAAGAGGCAGAUCAGAGCACAGAAAUGCAUUUGGAGGCAGGGAAGGGAAGGAAACUGUUAUCAAAAUAGGCAAAAUGGAAUAAAAUUAUUUUGG